UGGACACUAUUUGAACUGGAGACUGUUUGAACAGCACAGGCCGACAUCAAAGUCCAGCAGAGGGGAACAGCUGGACAGAAGACAAACAGACAGAACGCAAAUUCCCAUCACUACAGAAAAAGGAUCUGUAUUUCCCCGGGGAUGUUGGUUCUCAAGUUCAUAGCGACGGUCUCUCUCCUGACCUGCCCAGUUCUGGCUGGAGUGAAAGACCUUGACUCACACUUCAGUUUUCAUGACCCAAACACCGGAGAGCCCAGGUCUGUGGAUCCCAGAGGUCUUCCUCUAGGAGGAGAGACCUUAGAUAUGGAGUCAAUCCCUCUGGACUUCCAUCGUGAGAACACUGUAACCAAUGAUUUGACAUUGGAUGGCUUUGAGGAGGAGGACUAUAUCGAUUUUGAUAAGAUUCUGGCUGAAGGCUCGGAUGACUACGACGAAGGUGAUCGGAUCGACGAGCUCCCAACCCCUUCUCCUGACCUUGACCUGUCCACCGAACCCUCCGACCCCAAGGUUCGCCGGGCUAAGCUACUUCGCCUCUUCCAUGGGCGAACGCGUCUCCAGCGAAUCAACGUGGUAAAUUCCCACUUUGGGUUUCGUCUUUAUCGAAGCCUCCGUAAUCACUUGAACCAAAGCGACAACAUCCUGCUGGCUCCUGCCGGGAUCUCCAUCGCCAUGGGGAUGAUGGCGCUGGGUGCUGGUCCGUCGACCCAAGAACAGCUGUACCAAACUCUGGGAUUCGCAGAGUUUGUCAACGCCAGCGUUCACUACGACAACUCGACCGUGCACAAGCUCUUCCGCAAGCUCACUCACCGGCUCUUCAGACGGAAUUUCGGCUACACGCUGCGCUCUGUGAACGACCUGUACGUGAAGAAAAACGUGAACGUGUCCGAGGGUUUCCGGGCUGACGCAAAGACGUACUACUUUGCCGAGCCACAGUCGGUGGAUUUCCGAGAUCCUGCGUUCCUGGUGAAGGCCAAUUGGAGGAUCCAGAAGAUCACCAAAGGCCUGAUUAAAGAGCCACUAAAGAGUGUGGAUCCCAAUAUGGUGGUGAUGCUACUGAACUACCUCUACUUUAAAGGUACAUGGGAACAGAAAUUCCCAAAAGAGCAGACUCAUUAUCGGAACUUUCGCGUGAAUGAGAAAAAGCAGGUGCGCGUGCCAAUGAUGCAGAACAAGGGCAGUUACUUGGCAACCGUCGACCACGAGCUGAACUGCGACAUCCUGCUGUUGUCCUACGUGGGAAACAUUAGCAUGCUCAUCGUUGUCCCGCAGAAAAUCUCGGGCAUGAGAGCUCUCGAACAGGACAUCUCCCCUACCGUCGUCGACAAGUGGCUCAAAAGCAUGACUAACAGGACACGUGAAGUGGUAUUCCCUCGUUUCAAGCUGGAGCAGAACUAUGACAUAAUAGAACAUCUGAAGGAAAUGGGUCUGACCGAGCUGUUCAACCACAAGGGUGACUUUUCCCCCAUGACUUCUGAGGACAUUACCAUCAACUGGUUUAAGCACCAGGGUACUAUCACUGUGAAUGAGGAGGGAACAGAGGCUGCAGCCAUGACUCACAUUGGCUUCAUGCCUCUUUCAACACAGACGCGUUUUGUUGUGGACCGACCCUUCCUCUUCCUCAUUUACGAACAUCGCACAGACUGUCUCGUGUUCAUGGGCCGAGUGGUCGACCCAUCACAAAACUAACCCUGCGCGCGCACACACACACACACACAUGCAGGCACGCACCUACGCGCGCACACACACGUGCACACACACACACACACACACACACCUACUGACUCAUCCUCAAGAGCAACUGAUCUUUCACAAAUAUACACACAAAAAUGUAUAAAAAAAAAAAAAAAAACAACACAUACCAGAUUAAGAGAUGGAAAUCAAUCCGUGUUGAAUGAGUAAACAUGGAAAGAUUGUGUAAUGGAGCUAUUUUUGCUAUGUGGCAAGCUACACCUUUGCGCUAUUAAACAUUUUUAUGUUUUGUAAUCAAGACAUAGAAGAGUAUUUCCAGAUUGUAUUUGUCAUAGAUACUCAGUGUUGUGCAAUUUCUAUUUUCGAAUUAUUAACAAUUAAACUCACAUUCAUCAACGAGA